GACAUACCGACACUAUACCGGACAUCGCAAGUGAGCUUCAGUUUACCUUCAGCCUUUUUUGGCCUGUCCAACCCAGACAGAAGCUACCCACCACUUGGUCUAACUUACAGGGCCAUUGGCGUCGCGCCCAUCCGCUUCCAGAUCAAGACGUCCCCUUCCUAUCCGCAACACCGCGCGCCAGAAUCUAUAACAACCCGAUCAUAAUCAAGAACCAUCGCAGCCUACCAUGUCGUACUUCUUUGCAACGCCGGUCGAUAUCGACAUAGUCCUCGACGAUGCUGACGAGCGAUCCAUGGUGGAUGUCAAGCUGGACAAGAACCGGCGCGAGAAGGCUCCGCUGUAUAUGGACGGCGAGUCGGUCAAGGGCGCCGUGACAGUGCGGCCCAAGGAUGGCAAGAGGCUGGAGCACACGGGCAUCAAGGUCCAGUUCAUUGGCACAAUAGAGAUGUUCUUCGAUCGCGGGAACCACUACGAGUUCCUGUCGCUAGUGCAGGAGCUCGCGGCCCCGGGCGAGCUGCAGCACCCCCAGACGUUCGACUUCAACUUCAGGAACGUGGAAAAGCAAUACGAGUCGUACAACGGCAUCAACGUCAAGCUGCGCUACUUUGUGCGCGUUACCGUCUCGCGCCGCAUGGCCGAUGUCAUCCGCGAGAAGGACAUCUGGGUCUACAGCUACCGCAUCCCGCCCGAGAUGAACAGCAGUAUCAAGAUGGACGUCGGCAUUGAGGACUGUCUGCACAUAGAGUUCGAGUACAGCAAGAGCAAGUACCACCUCAAGGAUGUCAUCGUGGGCCGCAUCUACUUCUUGCUUGUACGGCUCAAGAUUAAGCACAUGGAGCUCAGCAUCAUUCGCCGUGAAACAACGGGUGUUGCCCCGAAUCAGUACAAUGAGAGCGAGACUUUGGUGCGGUUUGAGAUCAUGGACGGCUCACCAUCAAGAGGAGAGACCAUUCCCAUCCGAUUGUUCCUAGGCGGCUUCGAUCUGACACCCACCUUCCGUGACGUCAACAAGAAGUUUUCCACAAGAUACUACCUCAGUUUGGUUCUCAUAGAUGAAGAUGCCCGUCGGUACUUUAAACAGUCAGAGAUCAUCCUCUACCGACAAGCCCCUGAAAUCGCAGCUGCGGCGGCCGCUGCCCCACCCGGUCAAAACGCUCUACCAGCGCCGCCUCCCAACGAUAAUAGGCUUGCGGGGAUACCUGCUGCUUGAGCAGCUGAUCUCGAUGAAUCGCCAAGUGAAAGUGGAGCAAGCGAACGAAAGCAAGCUGCAUGAAUGUCCGGAGGAUGGCUUAGAUAUACAGCCGAUGAUUACAUCAUAAUGAUUUUGAGAAGAAUGGGUGAAGAAUGGAUGGGUCGAUGAACGGAACGAACAGACAAAGAAUAAUGAAUUGGUAUUAAGAGAAAAGCGAAUGCGCCCUCGCAAAACGGUAGCGGUUUAUUUGUUUGUUGCUCGGUUGGAGGGAGGGCGGCUCUAGCGGGACUUGAUAAAACUCCCAUGUGUGAGAAUGAGUCAAGUUUUCCCUAAAUAUUUCCCAACUCAGCAUGGCAUGGCGUUGGCUUUUCGAACGAGAAGAAUUUCUAUCAUAAUUCCAGAUGGAACGGCUGCGGCGCUGUCGCGAUCGUUGUUUCCUCUCUUCUCUCCAUACGACUGGAUCUCGCCCUUGAGUUGACGAUAAGCGAAUCAAGAUUUUAGAAACCACACUCAACGGGGGCUUGUUGACCGAUACUAUAGUGUACGUGCUGUCAUAUGCUAGGAUAAUUGUUGUGCGAAUAAGA